AUGAGUUAUGCAAACAGCACGCUUUGGCCAGGUGGUUCAACCCAAGUUUCGUCCAGUCCGAUCCCAAUAUCCAGGGGAUCUCGCCCACGGAAUAUUCCAGAUUGUCGGGACUCGAGACCGCCGCAGAGUGGUCUGUGCAAGGAUGAUAUGAGGAGGCCAAUCUACUACAGAGUACAACUCAUGGGGCAGAUCCGAAACUCUGAGAUUCUUCUUAGCACCUUAUCCACUUGGCAUACUUUCCACUACAUCCGUACAGAUCUAAGCAAUACGAGGACGGAUACUCGCUUCAUACGUUUGCGGUGGGCCGCAAGCUGGGCCAUGGCUCAGUUAGGAUGUAUCCGUACCACCAGCCAACAGCUCAUAGCCCUUGCUUCACAUCAACUCAGCAACUUCAAUUGA